GUAGAGUAACUUUCUCGCGAACUGCCCCUCUAGUCGCAGUUUACGAAAACGUCGCGAACGAAACAGGCCCCUAUAUGUUGUUGUCCGUGAAAAAGACGGCUUGUUCGAAACAUUUGAAAGCGGCUAAAAGUGAGGAUACUUUCUUUUUCUCAACGUAUAGGAGCUCCAUCUCUGGAGUUGUUAACCCAGACCUCACUGUCAUGGCAUUAUCCUUCAGGCCAUGCAGAACUCAUCCUUCCUAAGCCUCACACCUCCUUGCCCAUAGCCCUUCUAUCACAGUACUACCCGCCCACGAGGAAGGCAGUGCAAGCAUGAUUACCACCUCUCACAUGAACGGCCAUGUGAACGAUUCAGAGGAUCGGAGUGAGGGAUGCAGCGGCGAUGCAGGUGAGGCCCAGGAUGAGCUCCUGCAGUGGCACCGGGAGAUGGCUGUGGAUUGCCCAGGUGAGCUGGGUGCCCGCACUCUGCCCGUCCGGCGGAGUGCCCAGCUGGAGCGCAUCCGCCAGCAUCAGGAGGAUCGCAGGAGGAGGGAAGAGGAGGGCCGCAGCCUCCAGGAGUUGGACCUUAACUCCUCCAUGAGGUUAAAGAAGCUUGCGCAGAACCCCAAGGUGGGCAUCGAUAACCCUACCUUUGAGCCCAUUGAGGUUUCUGGGGAUGUGCUUGGACAGCUGCAAGGCUUCAACGGGGCCCCAAAAUUAUUAGAGCUGGAGGAGCUGCUGAUGUCUUUGAAGCAGGUACAGCACUGUCUGGGGGACACUCGGAGUCAGGAGGACGUGGAGCUUGUACUACAGCUUGUGCAAAAGCCAGACUUCCAGAAGGCCUUCAACAUCCACAAUGCUGUGGCACUGCAUAUGAACCGGCCAAGUCCUCCUUUUCCUCUCAUGGACUGUGCCCAAAGUCUUGCACAUGAGGUCCAGACCAUGUUGCACAAGAGUUCACAAAAGGAGGAAGCGGAGCUUAGCACCUUGCUGAAAAGCCCUCACAUGCAGGCUCUCCUGCUGGCCCAUGACAGUGUGGCAGAGCAGGAGAUGCAGCCAGAGACCCUCAGCCCUCUUGAUGGCCCAUGUGAGACCCUCACUCAGUGGGGAGGAGAGACUGUCAAGAUUGUACGCAUAGAGAAAGCCAAGGACAUCCCACUCGGAGCUACUGUGAGGAACGAUAUGGACAGUGUGAUCAUCAGUCGUAUUGUAAAAGGUGGAGCUGCAGAGAGCAGUGGGCUGCUACAUGAAGGGGAUGAGAUCUUGGAGAUCAAUGGAGUUGAGAUCCGUGGCAAAGAUGUCAAUGAAGUUUUCGAUAUUCUGGCAGAAAUGCACGGCACAUUGACCUUCAUUCUGAUCCCGAGUCCACAGACUAAACUUCCUCCCAUUAAAGAGACUGUGGUUCAUGUGAAGGCACAUUUUGACUAUGAUCCUUCUGAUGACCCAUACAUACCAUGCCGAGAACUGGGUCUCUGCUUCCAAAAGGGAGACAUACUCCACAUCAUUAGCCAGGAUGAUCCCAACUGGUGGCAAGCCUACAGAGAUGGAGAUGAAGAGAACCAGCCUCUGGCAGGCCUUGUACCAGGUAAGAGCUUUCAGCAGCAAAGAGAAGCUAUGAAACAAACAAUAGAGGAGGAUAAGGAGCCUGAGAAAUCAGGAAAACUCUGGUGUGCAAAAAAGAACAAGAAGAAGCGGAAGAAGCUGCUGUAUAACGCAAACAAAAACGAUGACUAUGACAUUGAGGAGAUUCUUACCUAUGAGGAGAUGGCAUUGUACCACCAGCCAGCCAAUCGCAAGCGGCCCAUUGCUCUCAUUGGUCCUCCAAACUGCGGCCAGAAUGAGCUAAGACAAAGACUCCUGUCUUGUGACCCUGAACGGUUUGGAGGUGCUGUUCCUCAUACCACACGGAACAGAAGGGAUGGAGAGGUGAAUGGUCGCGAGUACCACUUUGUGUCUCGCCAGUCUUUUGAGAUGGACGCUGUGGCAGGAAAGUUCAUUGAGUCUGGCGAGUUUGAGAAAAACCUCUAUGGUACCAGCACAGAUUCAGUGCGACAGCUCAUCAAUAGUGGCAAAAUCUGCCUGUUAUGUUUGCACACCCAGUCUCUAAAGGUAUUGCGCAGCUCCGACCUGAAGCCCUACAUUAUCUUUAUUGCACCACCCUCCCAGGAACGACUGCGUGCCCUCUUAGCUAAAGAAACCAAGAACCCAAAGCCUGAGGAGCUGAGGGACAUCAUAGAGAAAGCCAGGGAGAUGGAGCAGAACUUUGGCCACCUGUUUGAUGCAACCAUAGUAAACACUGACCAGGACAAGGCCUACCAGGAGCUGCUGCGGCUCAUCAAUAAACUGGAUACUGAGCCUCAGUGGGUUCCUUCAUCCUGGCUGCGCUGAGGUGGCUCUUUAUAGACAUACAGACACAGAAAAGAUUGUCAAGUAGGCUGUAUAUGGUUGUUGCUGUGCAGUUUAGCUGACUGCAAGAGGGUAUAAUUUGAUUGUUGGCUGUGUCAGGACACUACAUAGCUACACUUAACCAUAGUCUGAACACUCAAAUUAUUGUGAAUGCUGGACAUAAUUGUGUUUCUGUUUCUAUCCUGAGAAUAUUCCUCCUUCUUUACCCCCUUAUGAACCCAGUGUAUUUCUUCACACUAAAUAACUUACCCAGAUUCUGGAAAUAUGUAAGGAAAUCACCAGCACUUGGGUAGCAACAAUAGUUUAAGUGCUUCAAGACUGCUUUUGAUUACUAUUUAUAAGUGUAAAUAUGCAUCUUUAAACACUGCCAAGGGACGAUUUCUGAACUGCGGACGGGGAGUGUUAGAAUAUUUUUGGAGUUACUCAGCUGGAGAAAUUACCAAGAACUGCUAGAAUAAUAUCAACAUCUACAGGCAAUAACGUAAACUAUGUUAGUUCAUAGUUAAAGUAGAAUUCAUCAGGUGUCUUGCAUGUAACGAGAGCCUUUGCACUGUUUUUGCAGCAGUGUUCUACCAAGCAUUUGUUGUAUCUCGGUAUACCAUUAACAAGUUAUCCUUCUGAUCUGAUGGCCUCUUCUUUGAAUCAUUUCCCUUUAUAAAGCUUCUGAAAGGCAUUUUUUUGUUAAAUCUGCAAAAAAAAGUGUUAUUUUAUGGAGAUGUCAUUUGUGUGCCUAAAUUUGAAUUCCCUGCAGACAGGUGGUGUGAAACGCUGGAAUAGAUGACCUUUUUUGAGGAAAAUGACAUGUCUGACGAGGGUCAGUCAUAGGUGAAUCAACUUCCCUCAGUAUAGAUGAAGAAGAGAAGUUUUCAGAUCACACCAUUACGUGAUUUGUUGCUGUGUUUUGGUGGACUAGUUAUAUCACCUGAAGAAAACUAACUCAAACUUCAGUACCACAGAAAAGGAUGACACUGAAGUGGUAAAACCCCAAUGCCUCUACCAUUUCAAGUGACACAGCCUUGCAUUCCUAGGACAACCAGCACUGUGAUUGACUGACUUUACUUUGUGAUUAGGAUCAGGUUAACAAAAUGCGUUGCUGUUUUUUUUCUUUUGUGUGUUUGUGUGUAUACAAGGCUAUGCUUUCUGUCUCAGUAUUCUCAUGCACUUCCAGAACUUCCAGAAGUGUGACCAGUAUUGUAAACAGUAUUUGAUAGCAAUACAGUGAGGUUCACAUACUAAGCAUAACCAUUCUAGUCUUAGUCUUUUGUGUAAUUAAUUUUAAAAUUAUUUUUGUUCCCUUUUCUUUAAGUAAGUGGAAGUGUAGUAUAAUUCUGGAUGUCUUUGUUGCAAGCAGGGUCCUUUUGUGUUAUGAGUUGGGGGCUCAGAAAUGUGUAGUUCCUCUUAAUGUUUGGUCAACCAACCAAAAAAAAAACUCAUUCCCAAAGUUCAAGCACUGUGGAGAAAGAAACAAUGACACAAACGUGUGUGUGUGUGUGUGUGUGUGUGUGUGUGUGUGUGUGUGUGUGUGUGUGUGUGUGUGUGUGAGAGAGAGAGAGAUCUGGGCAUCUUACUGUGCAGUUCAUGAGAGCAUGUUGUGAAAAUUCUGAAAUUUGAUUUUUCGGCAGAAUAUUGAUUGUUUAUACUUGUAACAGUACAUAAGUGAAGCCUUUUUACAGGAAAUACUAUCUGAAAUUGUAGAAUGCAGAUGCGUUAUAUCCUGUGACUUUAGCACACACUGGAAACAGCUUUAUUGACUUUUUAAUUAAUCACUGUAUGUUGAAAGCGACCUGUAUAUUUUUAUGUACAAAAUCGAUCAUCCACAGCAAAUACGCAACUUAACCUAGCUUUUAUCUGGAAUAUUAGGUAUGUUUUGUACUGGUUCUGGCUGGACUGCAACCAGUCAACAUGUGAUCUAGUUACUGGAAGUGGAACUAAUGAAUGUAAAAUAAAAACCACUUUUCUGUCUCGGAACUCAUUUUUGUAUGAAUUAUACAUGUGAAUUAUUAAAUAUUAAAUAAACGAGAUUAGUAGACAUA